AUCUCUGGGGCUCCAAACCACAGGCAUCAUUUGUUCUAUGGAACGCAAUAGCAGCAGUAUCUCUAAUAAUGAAGGUUCUACAGGAGCAGAGUCCUAUAGAGGACCAUGGCAGCAGGAUCCAGUCCUUCCCUUGGAAGGUGUGGCAUUUUGGAUUCACAGCACUGGAGUGGCAGAUUUUCAAAUCGCAGCCUGGCUAAUUUCCUGCAACUCCUGGCACCAAACGGAGCUCGGUUCCUCUCCUGUGUAGCCAAAGCGACAGCUGUCAGUGGCAAGGAUUUCAAUGAACCCCUACCUAAAGAAGAUAAAAAUCAAAUGUCUAACAAAGGCGGACAUGCACGAGAAGUCUGGAUUUGGGGAUAUUCCUGGCAUAUAGGGUUACACAAGCCUCCCUUACUUUGGAGAGUGCUAACUCACAGGCCGUUUGUUGCUGUCAAAAAAAUUAGCAUUCAUGAAAAAAACAACUUCUCGGGUACCUGAUCCCCUUGUUACCAGACUGAUGAAGAUAGUAAAAGUAAUAUUUACUCAGUUAAGAACUUUGGAGGAUUUCCUUUGGAAAACAAUGUCUGUGGAAGUGGGCUGAAAUGGCUUCGAAAAAUGCAGCUAUCACUGAUGGGUCAACAUUAUAUGCAGCAGUUAAACAUGUUCUCUGUGAAAUUGAAGGAUAAAUCCUGAUGUCCCAUGAAAACUAAGGUCUGACCAGGGCGCCCAUUGGAGGAGGAGAGCCACGUGACUCAGGGGUGCCAAUGUUAUUCUUUACGGGUGUCAAGACCCUGUCAGUUUGUGAAAUAAAUAUUGGGAAACAACGAAAUGCAAAAAGCGACCUACUACGACAGCUCUGCAAUCUAUGCUGGAUACCCUUACCAAGGAGCAAAUGGUUUCAGUUAUAAUGCAAGUCAGCAGCAAUAUCCUCCUCCUUCAUCACUGCUUGAUACAGAGUAUCAUCGCCCAGCCUGCUCCCUGCAGUCACCUGGCAGCACUGUGCCACAUCACAAGGCCAAUGACAUCAACGAAAGUUGUAUGAGAACCAUUAACAGUCAAUCAAGCCAAUCCCAGGUCAUCUCAGAGCAGCAGCAGCAGCAGCUCACACCACAAGGGCCCCCUCCCUCUGUGUCACCACCUCAAAAUGCCAGUAACCCGGCCACAGCUUCCACCAACAAGGCCACAAACAUUGCCUCACCCACCAUGUCAAAGCAGAUUUUCCCUUGGAUGAAAGAAUCUCGGCAAAAUACUAAACAGAAAGCAGGAAGCUCCAGCUCAGGUGAGAGCUGUGCUGGGGACAAAAGCCCUCCCGGGCAAUCUUCUUCUAAGAGGGCCCGCACCGCUUACACAAGCGCUCAGCUGGUAGAACUGGAAAAAGAGUUUCAUUUUAACAGAUACCUGUGCAGGCCCAGGAGGGUGGAGAUGGCUAACUUGCUCAACCUAACAGAGAGGCAAAUCAAAAUCUGGUUCCAGAACAGGAGAAUGAAAUAUAAAAAAGAUCAGAAGGGAAAAUCCAUGAUGACUUCUUCAGGAGGACAAUCACCUUGCAGGAGCCCUGGACCACCACCAUCUAUUGGAGGAUACCUAAACUCUAUGCAUUCACUGGUGAACAGUGUACCCUAUGAGCCUCAGUCCCCUCCUGCGUUUAACAAACCCCACCCAAAUGCCUAUGGUGUACCUGCACCCUACCCCAGCCCCCAUAACACCUGCCCACCCCACCAGAAGAGGUACACAGGAACUUCUGCAGUCACACCUGAGUAUGACACCCACCCUCUCCAAAAUAGCGGUGGUUAUGGGAAUCCUCACGUACAGGGAAGCCCCGUUUAUGUAGGGGGCAAUUAUGUGGAUACCAUGACUAAUUCUGGGUCCUCCAUGUUUGGUCUAUCUCACCUCCCCCAUGCUAAUUCUAACAUGGACUACAGUGGCCCAGGACCAAUGAAUAGCAGCCACCACCAUGGACCAUGUGACACACAUCCAACAUACACAGACUUAUCUUCUCAUCAUAGCUCUCAGGGAAGAAUUCAGGAAGCACCUAAACUGACACAUUUGUAAUUAGAUUGGGAAAUCAGUUGACUUAUUUUUUUUUUUACAUAUUUUUUUUUAUCCACGUCUUAAUUUUGAGUUAAUGACUUAAUUUUAUACUAUCCAGUUUUUUUGUUUGUUUGUUUUUGGUUUUAUUUUGGGCAAUCUGCAUUGCUAUCUGGUAUGUAUUGUCCUGCAAAUCUCCUCCUGGACCAGUUAUAUUUGUAUUUUAUUCUACACUUUUAUCAAACAGGGUAAAUAAGCAUAUUUUAUAUGAAAAAAAAGAAAAA